ACGCCUCCCCCCCCCCCCCCCCCCCCCCCGCGUGAAUCCACGUGCCCUGUCUUUGGGGGUAUGUGGGUCUCCCAGGGACACAGAAACAAACCUUUUCCUCUUCUUUUUCUGAUUCACUGGACUCUCUUUAUUUCCUAUGUUGCCUCCUGAGCCACCUAACCUAACAGGAACCUUAGAAAGAAGUAGAGGUCCUACAUCCCCAUGGGUGCUGUGUUGUAAUGUACUCCCAUGUACAUUCACCUUCCGUGAAUCACAGAAGGACGCCUCAAGAAGUUGAAUUAAAGAGUCACAUUUAUUGCAGUCUGGGACUAUGAGGGGCCAUUCCCCAAAUCUCAUAGUGAUAAUGUGCUGCGGGGAGGGACUGCGGCAUGGAAAGAUUACUGAAUGUGCUAGGGGGAGAGACCAUGACAUAGAAAGAUUACUAAUUGUCUUAAGAAACAAAGUGUUAUGAUAUGCUCCAGCCAGGUGUGACCCUGUUUUCCUACUGAACUUUUACCCUGCCAAUUAAUGCUUUGUAGUUAUCGCAAAUAAAAGCCUUGCGGGACCCUUGGUCUGCACUGCAAGCUGCGAGGCUCCCAGAGGGGGAGGGACGCGCUGUAGUCAGCUGGUCAGCUUAAUAAAGGCUCCUAAAUUUAAAUUCGGAGUCGGUGGUCUAUCUCGCUGAGUGAACCCAUAACAUUUGGAGGCCCCAGUGAGAUCCCCGGCAGGGGUGAGAGGGACCCCUUAUUUAGGGCAGGAGGCUCUCCCCCGGCAGGGGUGAGAGGGACCCCAUAUUUAAGGCAGGAGGCUCUCCCCCAUUUAUUGCUGGGCACGCAGCGAGAUACCCCAUACCUGUGGGGAAUGACUACCAAGGAGGCCUCCAGUCUCCGUCUCGGGUCCCAGGGAAGUGGAGGAGACUCCACCAAAAACUUUUGAUUCGGAAAUCGAGCCACCUGGACUCUCGGAGAGGCCCCUCGAGGAGUGAGGCAGUGAUGGCGGACCGCUACACAAAGCAGGAGAAGGCGGUUGUAGUUCUGGUGGAAAACUUCUACAAAUACAUGUCUAAUAACAUCCUGGUCAAGAACAAGAUCAGCAAGAGCAGCUUCCGAAACAUGCUUCAGCAUGAGCUCGACCACAUGCUGACGAAUACGAGGAGCCGAGAGGCUGCUGACAAAGUCAUCCAGGAGUUGGACAAAAACCAGGAUGGAUGCAUCGACUUUGAGGAGUACUGGAGCUUUAUAGGAGCCAUCACCGGACCCAUCGCCAACCACAUCCGCGAGCAGGAGCAGCAGAGCAGCAGCUAAAGACCCCCCACCGUCCCCUCAUGGCACUGCCCCAAUGCCCGGCCCCUCGUGCUCUUCCCAGCCUCCUGCCCACCCAGGCCCUGCCCUCACUUCUCCCUCCAGACCUUCUGUUGAUCAUGCUGAACAGGGGGAGGGGGUGAUGUCAGGGCCUCUUUGUGAGCAUAUCUCAGUUUGGGGGUGCCUACCUCAGGGUCUCAGUCCCUGGAGCCAGCAGACGCUGGGCAUCCAGGCCCUCAGUGCUGUUUGGGGAACCCGAGAGUUUCCUCAGUCCAUCUACCCUGCCAACAUCUGAUGUUCCUGCCUAAUUCUGAGUCUCUCUUGACCUCUGGAGGUCAGCUCGCUGCUCCAGGUCUUCCUGCUCCUGGCAUAAGCACCAGAGACAUCUCCCCUUUCCCUCAGCCCCUGGGCUGGGGAAAGACUUUCAGGGACUGCCCUCCAGCUAGCUGCCUCUGGGUCUGGGAAGAGAUAAGCAGGGUUGAGCCUUCUCCCUCCUCCUCAGCCCCUGAAGCAUGGCAAUAAAGGCUGGAUUUGAAAAAUGUUUCCCCCUCA